GACUCGCACUAACUUUUAGCUAAAUUAAAAGAAGAAUGCCCAGAACAUUUUACCAUCCACAGAUGACUGAUACCCAGUAGUACUGGUGAUUUACUCUUGUCCUCACACCGCCUCUGAUUGAUUGCUAGUCGUUGGCCCUGAGACCACAUCAGAACAUCAGUCCCAUCUGUCACAGACCCUCUUUUAGAUAUAGCCCUCUGACAGAACGCACGCGUCACACUUUUGAUUUACAGCGAUGACACAUUCUCGCGUCUUCACGCCUGAUUAAAAGUAUCCCAUCUGAUGAGCCUCCAGCAGUAGAGAAUUCGGUCAGGUAUAGGAGCAAAUACGCACCAGAAGCUUGUACUCAGUGCCAUGGACAGAAAACCCUCAGGAAGUCUUCUUCCACUACUUGCUUUUUUACUUCUGAUUGGUGCUCUCAACGUUCAUACAAGAAGCCUUGCAAGUCCAGUAAACCAGGUUUUCCAUUCAAAAGAUGAUUCUGACAUCCAGAAUCAGAUUUUGGCAUUUUUACUACGGAAAAACAUCAUGCCUGUCCAAGAAAAGGAUGUACUAGGACUCGAGCUGGCCAGAAAAAUCACCGAGCUGCAGGGGCUUGCGGCCCUUCAAAAAGAGCUAAAUCUAGAAAGAAAUUUGGUUUCAAAUGCAAUAGAAAAAGAGAGAUUGAUGACCAGCAAAAGAGAUGAUGCCUGUUUCUGGAAAUACUGUGUUUGAGGAUCUUAAAGUGGAGAGCCAGGAUCAAGAAUAAUCCAAUGCCUUAAGAUGUAUCAGACAAGCUGAACAUUUUUAGAUAUGUAAUUAUAUGUAUUCAUAAUGUGUCACGAUAAUGAUAAUGUACUCAUGACUGUACUCUUACAACAAAAAUGUAUUUUAUUUAAAUGUCCUAUCAAUAAAACAUCAAGUGAAAUUUA